AUGAAACCAGGUCUACAGCUUUGGCUUUUAAUUCUCUUCGGUCUCUACCAACUUCAUUCCGCGAAGAGGCACAAGCACAAGUCAUGUAAACGCACCGCCUUCAACCGGCACACCACCAACUACCAGGCAUGGCGGGAGCAGAUGACGGUGUGCGACCUGUUGGACGAGUACGACUCGGCGGUGCGCCCGAGUGGGAGAAGCCCACUCAAUGGGAAUACAAAAGGCCCAGUCAUCGUCACGACCAGCCUGAACAUCCGCUCAAUUUCUGCGGUUUCCGAGAAGAAUAUGGAAUUCGUCGCGCAAUUCCGCUUCCGCCAGGAGUGGUACGACGACCGGUUGAGGUUUACGGAACCGGAACCGGAGGAUACUGGGAAGAGAUCCAAUAGUAUGUCAAACGGGAAUUGGCGGCGUGAGGAGUUCAUUAAUGUGGCGCGGGAUCAGCGGCUCUGGAUCCCGGACACGUUCUUUCAGAAUGAGCGGAAUGGGUGGUAUCAUGACUUGGAUCAGGAAAACCGCUUCGUCAAAAUCCGCUCGGACGGCCGUAUCUUCUACGAUCGUCGCCUCACGCUCCAUCUAUCAUGCUCGAUGUCCCUCAUUAGAUACCCGAUGGACGUCCAGAAUUGUGUCGUCGACUUUGCUAGCUACGCCUACACAACGCAGGAUAUCCAGUACGAGUGGGACGAUCCGCCUGUUAAACUUCACGAGGGUGCGAAUGGUGCUCUGCCCAACUUUGAUAUCACUUCCUUCAAAAAUGCUUCUUGCCACUCGAGCACCAAUACAGGAAACUACUCCUGUCUACGCGUCGAGCUGCGCCUCUCACGGGUCUUUUCCUUCUUCUUGCUUCAAUUGUAUAUACCGUCGUCAAUGUUGGUGGGCGUGGCCUGGGUCUCCUAUUGGAUCGACUGGAAAUCGACGGCAGCCCGAGUCCCGCUGGCGAUCAUCACGCUCCUGAGCAUGAUCACCACCUCGCACGCCAUCAACUCCAACCUGCCGCCCGUCUCCUAUGCAAAGUCGCUGGAUAUCUGGGUCGGGGCUUGUGUUGUGUUCAUCUUCUUCUCGCUGAUCGAAUACGCUAUUGUAAAUUAUAUGGGUAUCGUCGACGAGCAUAGACAAAUGAGAAAAGCGGCCUGCAACCGGAGUCGCCUCUCAAAUGUGCUCGACAAUAAUAUGUACAUGCAGAAUUGUGAGCAGCUGAGCCCGACGUCAGCCGGCUUUAGCCCGCAGGAGAAAAAGCGUCUUCUGCGCCGGAAAAGACAUAAGAAUAUGGAGUUGGAGUUACGAGAGGAAGAGGAAGGAAUUAUGGAGGGCAUCGAGCUGACGGAACGUCGCCCACCCCAAGCAGCCGUUUCCGGACCGGAGGGAUGGACAUUUCAGGACACCACCGAGAUGGUCUACUACGGGCAGCGGAAGAGGGUGGAGCUGGUCAGGUGGUGCAGCGUCUUGUCGAAGCGAGGACGCGCCGAACGGAUCGAUAUUAUUGCUAGAAUCAUCUUCCCCCUCGCCUUCUUCAUGUUCAACGUCGCCUACUGGAGCAUCUAUCUCGACAACCCGGAUGCUGAU